UCAUAUGACCUGCCGCUCAUUCCAGAGAUAGUGACGGACAGAGUGCUCACUCCGUGCUCCAAUCUAAUAAAACACCAUAGCUGCGGAGCGUGUGGAGGAUGUGUCGCAACACCAUCAGAGGACUCUGAAAAGACUUGUUUUGGGAUAUUGACUGAAAGUGUUAUCACUAAAGGACAUAACAAUUGAUCACAUCUGAUCCCAGCUCAGUGACAAUGCCGGAGGAAAAAGUGUUUCAGCAGCAGGCUGUCCACAGCCCGCUGGAGCAGAAGAAGCAAAAGCAGGGCAGAGGAGGAGGAGGACCGAUCCCCUGUCAGAACUGUGGGAAGCCUUGCAAAGGAGAGGCACUGCGAGUUCAGAACAAACACUUCCACAUCAAGUGCUUUGCCUGUAAAGUGUGUGGAAGUGAGCUGGCCCAGGGGGGCUUCUUCGUGCGGCAGGGCGAAUACAUCUGUACCCUGGACUACCAGCGACUGUACGGGACUCGCUGCUUCGGCUGCCAGGACUUCAUCGAGGGGGAAGUGGUGUCCGCCCUGGGCAAGACCUACCACCCCCGCUGCUUUGUCUGCGCCUCCUGCAAACAGCCAUUCCCGGCUGGCGACCGAGUGACAUUUAACGGGAAGGAGUGUAUCUGCCAAAAGUGUACCGAGCCUCUGCCUGCCAACAGCCCUGCACCCAUCCAGGCUGUCCACAAUUGCUGCGGCUGUGGGAAGGAGUUUAAGAAUGAACAGUCUCUCGUAGCUCUGGAAAAGCACUGGCACCUGGGCUGCUUCAAGUGUAAAGUCUGCAACAAGGUUCUCAAUGCAGAGUACAUCAGCAAGGAUGGCAUCCCCUACUGUGAGAUGGACUACCACGCCAUGUUCGGCAUCCAGUGCGAGAGCUGCAAGAAUUACAUCACCGGAAAAGUCCUGGAGGCUGGAGAGAAGCAUUACCACCCCUCAUGUGCCCGCUGUGCCCGCUGUGAGCAGAUGUUUGCGGAGGGAGAAGAAAUGUAUCUGCAAGGAUCGGCUAUCUGGCAUCCCCCAUGCAGACAAGCAGCCAAGCUGGAGGAGAAGAGCAAGGUGACCCGGACUUCAUCUGAGAGCAUCACCUCAGUCCCAGCAUCCAGCGCCUCGGGCUCUCCCAGCAGAGUCAUAUAUGCUAAACUAGGAGAGGAAACGCUUGAUUACAAGGACCUGGCUGCUCUUCCAAAGACCAAGGCCAUUUAUAACAUAGACAGGCCUGACAUGUUGUCCUACUCUCCAUAUGUCAGCUUCCCAUCUGAGGAGAGGCACUACGGAGAGGGCGAUGGGGAGAAGUCCCCCCGUCAGAGGAGGCCCUCCAGCCCCAGCUCCACCAGCUCCCUGGGAGGCUACGGACGCUACACCCCAUCCCGUUCCCCCGUAAAUUACAGCCGACCAGGUAGUGAAAGUGGUCGGAGUACCCCCAGUUUAUCCACCUAUUCUGAUGGCAAAUCUCCCUCAUCCACUUCUACAUACAUGGCUGCUCCCCGGCAUUUCCACAUACCAGAGACUAUGGUCAAAGAUAAUAUCUAUAGAAAACCCCCCAUCUACAAAAAGCAUGCUUCUAGAACAUCCUGGCAGGAUGGGGAGGAUGGCAAGAGGACCAGCUGGAUGAUCCUGAAGAGUGAGAUUGAUGGACACAUGUGUCCAGUAGACCUGGACCCCAGCAAGUCCACCUGCAGCCUGCCCACUGACACCUCCCAGCCAAAUUUCCCCUACAAUAAGUCUGCAUCUUUACCCGGAUAUGGAAGGAACGGCAUUUACAAGCCUGCUGAGAUGGUGGAGGAUGAAGUGGACCCGGACUCCCACAGCUGGGGAGGCAUGAGAGAUUACAAGGUCUACCCUUAUGAAAUCCUGGCAGUGACGCAUAGAGUGAAAGUGAAGCUUCCCAGAGACGUCGAUCGCACCCGACUGGAGAGACACCUUUCUCCAGAGGACUUCCAGCAGGUGUUCGGGAUGACCCUGGAUCAGUUCGACCGCAUGGCCCUGUGGAAGAAGAACGACAUGAAGAAGAGGGCACGCCUUUUUUAGACAGACACACGAAUUAAAAAAGAAAAAAACAAAACGCCAAGCAACAUCUCAACAGCCAUCCGUCCUGUCUGGAAGGAAGCAGAAAAAGGAAAAAAAAUAUUUGAAAUAUCUAUAUAUGCACCGCCAUGAUGCUCCGACUGCCCACCUGUAAAACACCAUGCCAUCUGCCUGUGACGCCACGGAGAGGCUCGGCUUACAUUGAGGCAGCGUCUAUAGCUUUUUGUAUGCGAUGUGGUCUGAAUGUUUGACUGACAGCCCCACGGACGAGGACGAGGAGCUGCGUUUGCAUGGCCUGUGUUGAUGCUCCUCGACUCCCAUGUGGUUUCUGCAUCCCCCCCCACACCCUCUCCUGGCGAUCCCGAUGCUUUCAUACACCCUGGCAAAAAUAACAGCUUUUUCUAAUUCUUGUGCAGACCUUCCUCCAGGUUUUCCGUGGUUCUGACUGUUUUAUGUGCGCCUUCUCCUCACUCUGUCGGUCUUGACUUAUCUCCCUGUUUUCAUCUGGAGUUUUUUCCUCCACAGCGAGUUUGUUUUUCCUCGAUGUGAGGGUUUAUCAUCUUGUCUGUGUGUGUAUCUUCUGCCUUCUCUCUCUCUCGCUGUCUCUCCAUCAUUUUAAGUUGUUAUCCCUGCACUGACUGACUGUUACCUUGUCAAGCAAGUUCAUCUCUACACCCUCGCCAUCACUUCAAGACAAUGAGGACUGACAGACUUGUGCACGCUCACUAUUUGAGCAUGUCAAGGCCAAAGAACGGGAUAAGAAACAAUUUUGGCUUCUCUUUCUGUUUUUAUCUUAUCAUCAGCUUUUGUUUUUCAAGCUCCCUUCAUGUUGCAUUCAGUCAGAGAAGUUGGGAAAGCCUGGUCGGGUAGUUUUGAUAUGUGUGCCCUGAUUCGUUUGAAUGCGGCCCGAUAUCUUACGUAAGCCUCUCGUAAAUCAGCGCUGAUAGUGAGAGCCAGGGCUGGAGAGGGGCCACAACAUGGCAGUAAAUCACAGAUAGAAGGGGGGCGGGAGUGAAAAGAGGAGGAGAAAACUACAGUAUAGGAAGCUUCAGGCAAUACAAAGGUGUCAAACAUGCAGCAUCGCCAGAGUGGCAUGCAAUCACAUAAAAGACAAAAAGAAAUUAUUUUUAUAAGCUAUUUUUGACUUCUGGAAAGGAUCAUGAGAUACAGCUGAGAGAAAUCAUGAUUUUGUUACAAGGAAAAGAAAAAAAGAAAGAAAAAGGCCACGCUGACUUUGUUAAGCUUCACCGACCUGCAGCAGCACUUACGCAAAACAAGUGAGGUCUUGCUUGAAUUAAAACUCAAUAUUAUAACUGUGUUAUAUCUCCUCAGAGAGAGAGCUAACUCUUUAUAUGUUUGUCGUUUGAAAGCAUUGUUGCGUACAGUAAAAAAAACGCUACACGUAAAAGCUGAUGUCUGCCGGCUUUGCUUGAUUUUUCUGGACCAUAAAUCGAUCGAUUUGCCAACUGACAUACUGUAACAUGUAUGUGAACAUGUACUGGACAUAUACCAGAUAUAUUUGUCUGUAUGCAAUCCAUGGUGUAUAACUCUUCAAGGCAUGCAUGAGGAUGCGGAAAAUGGGGGUUUUGUCCGCUGACCUCAGAUUAGAAACGUGUGAAAACGUUAUCAUCAAUGUGGUUUGAGUGAUUGAUUAUUUUCUGGUUAAACUACGUCAAAUGAAAUGCCUGGGUCAGUUGCUUACAUUAGCUCGUGUUAUAGGUAUUUAUUUAAUUGCAAUUUUUAAGGAAGGGAUUUUAUUUUUUAAAUCGUGAGAGUGUAGUGUCGAAUGAGUAGCAUCACCGAGGAGAACGCUUUCGAAGAGAAACAUAUCAGAUUAUGAGUUUCAUUUUAAAAGAGUGUCAAAUCACAUUUUAUUUUGCUCCUGUAAGUAACACACUAACUUGUUGUCAUAAAGCAUCAUGUCCUCUUUCUAAUAUUCAUCUGCUAUUAAAGUGCUUUAUCCAAAAGUCA